AUGAUUACACAAAGGAUAUUUUUUGCUCUAUCAAAACAAUUACAACAUCUUAAACCGUUCGUCCCUACGAGAAACGUUUGGGCAUCAAAACUUCGAGAUUAUCAAAAGGAUGCAAUAAAUGAAUGCGUGAAUGCCAUUAGCAGUGGAACCAUGAGAAUAGGUGUUUCUAUGGCUACUGGUGGUGGUAAAACUGUCAUAUUUAGUAGUCUUAUAGAAAAACUGAAACAGGACAGUGGAAAGGCAGAUUUUAAGACAUUAGUCCUCGUACAUCGUCGAGAGCUGGCGUUUCAGGCAGCUCGUACCAUUAAAGAGAGUUUUCCUGAUAAAAAAAUUCAAUUAGAAAUGGGUAAACAAAAUGUUGAUAUUCAUCAAUCGGACGUUAUAAUCGCAUCUGUGCAAUCAUUGAUCAGAAGACUGGAUAAAUAUGGAAAAGAUGAUAUUGAUUUGAUAAUUAUAGAUGAGGCACAUCAUGCAGUCGCUAAUUCUUAUACAAGGAUCUUAGAACAUUUUGAUGCUGCUGAUAAAAAAUCCCAAAUUCCAGUCGUAGGAUUCAGUGCAACAUUUGAAAGAGCAGAUAAUAAAGCGUUAUCAGAUGUGAUAGAUAAAAUUGUCUACCACAGAGGGAUGUUAGAUAUGAUUAGUGAUAAUUGGUUGUGUGAAGGUAAAUUCACCACUGUAAAGAUUGAUACAGACCUUUCAAAAGUAGAAAAAUCAUCAAGUACAAAAGAUUUUAAGUUAAAUAGUCUGUCUCGUGUAAUGAACGUUCCAGAAGUCAAUGAGAUGAUAUUACUUACAUAUCUACAAAAGAAAAAAGAAAAUAAUCUCAAAUCUACUUUAUUAUUUGGGGUCGAUAUAGCUCACGUAACAAAUCUUCAUGAAUUGUUUACUUCCCACGGUAUAGGUUCAAGAUACGUUACCUCAAAUACAAAAGAUGAACAGAGAGACGCUAUUAUUAAAGAGUUCAAGGAAGGGAAAAUUGAGAUAUUAAUGAAUUGUGGUAUUUUUACUGAAGGUACCGAUAUGCCCAAUAUUGAUUGUAUCUUACUGUGUAGACCAACACGUUCAAGAUCGUUGCUCGUCCAGAUGAUCGGUCGUGGCCUUCGUUUGUAUCAUAGUAAAGCCUACUGUCAUAUUAUUGAUUUUGUCGAUUCCUCUGAUGUUGGGAUUAUAUCAGUCCCUUCCUUGGUAGGGAUAUCAAGAAGUGAGGGUACAUUAGAUUCGCGCACUUUAGAAGAGUUGGAAAAGAUAAAAGAAGAACAGAUUGAGGCCAAACGGUUGGCUAUGGAGAGGGCUGCUGAAAAGGCUCUUGAAGAUCAAAACAUCUUUAACGAAAAUAAUGCGAAAUUUAAAGAAUUUGUUGCCAAUACUGAUGCAAUGGAUCUUACUAUGACUACAUAUGAAUCUCUAAGUCAAUUUUUCGAGCAAACAAACAAUACAGAUGUGAAAGCAUUAGAAAAUAUGUCAUUUUAUGGGAAAGAACAGGAACUGCUUGGUAGAUCUAAGUAUCCGUGGGUAAAAUAUAAUAAGGAUGCAUGGGCUCUGUCAUUACAGAAGGGGCACCACCUGCGUAUUUAUAUGAAACGGGUCUCAGAAAAUGGUAAGAAAGUGGCACGUUAUACGUUGAAACUAUACCGAGAAAUUCCAAAAUUUUUGAGAAACGAUAUUUCAUUUAGAUAUUCUGCUAAAGAAAUUUUGACUAGUGAUGAUCUCUUGGACAUUGUAGCCAAAUCUGAAGAAAUCCUGGUCAAUCUUUAUAAGGACUCUUCUUACAAGUCAGGUUCGCCAAUUAUGAUACCCAUUUCAAAAUACUCGAAAUGGAGGAGAGAGAAGGCUUCUGAAAAACAAAUAAAAUUUGUGUCAAGGUUAUUGAAAGCUGAAUUGGCCAAAUGUGAAGCCGAAUUUAAACGGAUUGAUUCGAAUGAGAUCACCACUUAUGCCACAGACAUGAAUAAAGGGACAGCAUCUGAUAUUCUGUUUAUGACAAGUCUAGCACCAACAUAUUCAGUACGACAACUCCUGAAAGCUCUGGAUUUCAAGAUUAUAAAUGGUUAUACCUAA